UGCAGUUCUGGACGCUGAAGUGGAACCGGUUCUGGUCGCAGGGCGGGAUGGCGUCAGCGUCGGUUCCUGGAGGAAACGACAGGACAGCGUGAUCAGAGCCACGGAUGUCGCUGCAGUGAUGUUCGGCUUCCUGCUCGCUCUCCUCGCCCUGCCUGGACUCCUGCGUGGGGAUCUGGUGUUCAGAUGCCCGCGCUGCACGGCGGAGAACCAGGACGGCUGCCCUAAGGUCACGCUGUGCGCAGAGAUAGUGCGGGAGCCGGGCUGCGGCUGCUGCCCCGUCUGCGCCCGCCUGGAGGGGGAGUUCUGCGGGGUUUACACGCCGCGCUGCUCCACCGGGCUCCUGUGCUCCCCCAGCGUGGACGCAGAGUUACCCCUGCAGCAGCUCAUCCAGGGCUUCGGCCGAUGCACGCGCAGCGUGGAACAGGACCCGGGUUUGGACCUGCUGCCCACUAAUGAGGUGCACGGCACCGAGAGUCCUCUGGUGAAGAGGCCGCUGGCUGACCCCUGGAACCGGCAGGAGAAAGCCCGGAUUCAGACUCAGAAUGAGCUGAGAACCAGGAUGAGGACCAGCCCGCACGACGAGCGAGUCCAGAGAGAGCCGCCGAGCUCCUGUCAGCAGGAGCUGGACCUGGUGCUGGAGGAGAUCUCCAGGAUGACCUCAGAGGACAACCGGGGCCCGCUGGAGAACCUGUACGGCCUCAAGAUCCCAAACUGCGACAGACACGGACUGUACAACCUGAAGCAGUGCAACAUGUCGACUCACGGCCAGCGGGGCGAGUGCUGGUGCGUGGACCCGCUGACGGGCGUCCAGAUCCCGGAGACACCCAGAGUCAGAGGAGACCCCAACUGCCACCGCUUCCAGGAGGCGCUGCGGGCGCCACCCACCACGGCCCGCUAACACACACACACACACACACACACACACACACACACACACACACCAGGUUUGAUCCUGCACUCAGUAGAAGGAAAUGCCUUUUUUUUAAGAUUGGCCAUUUUCACACUGCAGCCUGAAGCGACACAAACCUGAUCUUUAUGAUGAAACGUGUUUUUGCAGAUUAACUGUCUCUUAGGUUCCAGUUCUGACUUUAUGUUUCUGUUAAUUUGUAAUUUUUCUUCAGUAUUUUUGCCUGAGCGGUUUCUCUGGCCUCUCGGGUCAGACGGUUCUCAGUUUCAUUUCCCCGUUGGCUGCAGCCAAACGUUGCUUUGGCUUUAGAAACUUGGAGAAUCAUUUUCCUCACCUAACAGAAAUGAUUGUUUUCACAUUUUCCAAUUUAUUUACACAGAGAAAUAACUGGAUAAAAAUACAAAAAUAACAAGAAAAUUAUUAUUUUUAUGUAAAACCUGACCUGUUAAAACAAUUUAGAGAUAUUUAUGGACUGUAUUGGCUGCUGCAGCUCAUUCAGAUACAUUACUGUACAGAUCGGCGUCUAUUAGCCGUUAUUCUUCAUGGAGUGAUGUCAACAGAACCAGACUGAUGAGCAGGAAUCUGCCACAGAAACAGACGCAGCGCCCUCAUUUCCUGUCUAAUUUCUGUAAAAUAAAGUUAAAUACUUUAAAAACCGUCACUUCAGAAUGUGGUGUAAGAACACAGCGGCGGUGGGUUGGUUAAUUUAACCCCCUGAUCUACUGGUGAUCCGUCUUUGUGUCGCCUUAUUUCACCCUUCAUUUAAGGGUGAAAUAAAUGUUUCUACAUGUGAACUCACAUCUACACGUUCAGUUUGUCAAAGUCAAGCUAACUCACGUCUCUAUUCUAUUUUCUGAAAUGUGUUUGUAGACAAUGGAUAGUAAAACAUCACGUCUCUUUAUAAUUGUUUAGCACCAUUAUGUCAGUUUCCCACCGCACAAUACCAACGUCCAGUCCAGUCAUUUAUAUCGAUAUAUCUAGUCUGAUGGUGUCAAAUUAAGAUUUUAAUCUCUCACAACUGGAGAAACGUUUGACAUUUAUUUUGGCCAAAUGAUCAGAGUGAGUGUGUAUCAGCUAGCAUGCUAUGCUAACUGAUCUGAGCUGAGCUGCUGCUACUUUCACUCCUAUGAGAAAAAUUUUCUGAUUCUCCAAACUCGGAUGACUCUGACCGCCGGGUAAGAUAGUCGCUGCUCACAGCUGCUCUGCAGCAUCCUGAGAGCCAACAUUUCCCCAAACAGAUCAUCCGACUGAGGAGCAAGAAAUCUAAGAAAAGUUGUUCAAACUGGACGUUUCUUUCAAAGUAGAAAACACACAUGUUGCAUCGCGUGACUUUGUCCUAAAGCAGAUUCUUUUUUCACUGUUAAAGAAACUGAACUAAAUUGUUGUGUUCUGUAGUUUCCCUUUAUGUUCUUAAAAGUAAUAAAUUCUGGAUAAAAUCCUCAUUUUA